CUACCAUGGCUCAUUCACACACGCGCGAGCUGCCCGCGAGCCGGAGGCUGCAGUAGCUGCCUGAUGAGAAGCCGGGUUUCCAUCAGGACUCUUGCACCGAUCAGCAGCCUGGAAUACAGUUUGGGAUAACCGACACACGGAUCCAUUAACAGCCGCUGUCAGAGAGAAACGGAUGUCAGUGUGGUGGUCAGAGAUGGGAGAGGGCUUGGGGCCGCUGUAGAAUGGUAGCCAACAGCACAGUGGAAGGCCAUGACAAGAUCCCCUUGUCAAGCUCACCGCCGGCAUCUUCGCUGACCUUGCCUUCGGCGACCCAGUCAGGGCAGCUCCAGCGUCGGUCCGGUUCCAGCCCAAACCCGAGAUCUACCGUGACCCGCUCCACGUAUACGACUCACUUCCCAACUUUCACCAGCAAGGAGGACUGCGACAUCAUCACUGAUACGGCAGCCAAGCUCGAGCGUAGCGGAUUCUACUGGGGGCCCCUGGGAGUGGAGGAGGCCCACCGCAUGCUACAGAGCGCCCCGCUGGGCAGCUUCCUCAUCCGGGACAGCCGACAGAAGGGCGUCUUCUUCACGCUGUCCUACAAAGGCAAAUGUGGACCACUCAGCAUUCGCAUCGACUACAAGCAGCUAAAGUUCUCUCUGUCGGGAAACCAGCGCACCUUCCCGACCCUCUUUGCCCUCCUGGAGCAUUACAUCAAUUCACCCAAAAAGAGCUUGAGCAUCCCAUACAGGAAAUGGGAGCCAACGCUGCAGGAGCUGUGCAGGAGACGCAUCAUGGAUUUGUGUGGCGAAAAGAGCCAGGUUUCAGAGCUGCCGGUCACACAUGUAGUCCAAGAGUUCCUGUUGGAGUUCCCUUUCAAACUGUGACUGUGCUGCCACUGAAAGCCUUGAUUGCUUUGUUUUUUGCAUUAAGGUGGCAGUUAUUACCAAGUAAAGGUGCACCGGAGGGGACAUCAAAGCCUAAAGAGACUGUGUUGCCAUGGUUACAGAUAAAAGGAGCUAACCUUUUUCUUAUAAAUAGCUGUGAAAUACAACCAGAGAGACAUUAUAACCAAAAUCAAGCACUGUCAGCUUCCAGCUGGGCAUUGCUUUCCCACAACAUUUCAACGUUUUCUACCUCUAGAGACUCGGCUCCCAGUUGCACACAAACGGAGUGUCCUUUGGUGUCUAGAAAGUACGAAAGGUUGAAAGGGGACUCAUUAAAAAGGAAGUGCAAGCCAGUUAUUAUAGGGACCGGAUUGGUUAUUGAUGGGGAAUGUUGCAGAAGGACAUUGAAGAAAUGGACAGAUAAACCUUUGGAGUCAUGGAGGAGGGUACGACUGAAACCAGAAUGGUUCACUUGCGUAGCGGAUUUUAACACUCUAAUAUCAAAUGUUUACAUCUCAUCUGAAUUUCUGACAGAACUUGAGGCACAAAAACCACUCUUGAGGAAAUGUGGACUUUGUGAAGCAGAUGAAGCAUCAGCGAGGACGUCUGAUGGUUCUGGAUAUGUGAUAUGCACUUGUACUGUACGCAGAGGUGGCUCACCUUUAUUUAACUAUCAAUAACAGAUUAAAAUUAUUAUUAUUAUUAUGCAAAUACUUUUUUAAAUAUUUUUUUACAUGCUUUUUAAUUGUAUUUUAAAUAAAAAUAUUUAAAUUUCA